AUGUCUCUAGAAUUGUUAGAAGAAAAUGCCCUACGACAGAAUUCACUGGGCUAUCCUGGGGUUGAUUUUAGAUGGAUGACUAAAGUUGGAUCAAAGAUCAUCUGGCGAAGGUCGGCAGAUAAUCUGCCUUGGAAAGAAGUAAAGCCUAAAGCCAGUAAAGGAGAGAAAACUAAGGAUGGACGCUAUUUAUACAGGGGAGCAACAACUCCAGAUUUCUAUGAUGCUGAGUCACAGGACAGUUCUCAUAACCCUUAUUCCACAAGCAUUCCUUCAGCAGAUCCAUACCUUAUGUAUGGACCAACAGACAGAUAUGCCUAUACAAAUGAAAUGUUUUAUGACAAUGUCCCCUAUAGCCCAGCAGCAUACAAAAGUGGUGGGAAUUAUGUGAAGCACCGUCCAGCAUUAUCUGACCAGUCCAGUUCAGACUUCACAGGAUCUACAUUUUCUCGACGAAAACCCUGCAUUGCAUUGGCUGUAGCAUUGGCUGUAUUGGUUGUUCUUAUUCUGAUUGGUGUUGGAGUCUAUUUUGGAAUCCACCUGAUUCUUUAA